AUGGGUUGCACUCCAUCUGGGCAAACGACACCAUCAGAAGCUAUCACUCCACCCAAUGGCAUCGAAGGUGUUGUCAACAUCGCAAGAAGCGAUAAAAGUGGAUCUGUGCUGGGAACCGAAAGCCCACGGUUUCUCAGCAAUGUUGAACCGCCAUUCAAACCGUUAAUCAAGCCGUUGGAGGAGCUGGUAGAUGUGCCACGCAAACCUCUGAAAGAUACUGCUGCGCCUCAAAAUCGAGUUCGUGAGACAGAGACUCCGACUAUAGAGACGAAUCCAACUACCACUGUUCAAAUUCGUGCUCCUCUUGCAUACGACGCAAGUGCUCCAGCAUCGACAAGAUUGCGGCAUAUGAUCAAGAAUUUGGACCAUAUUCUUGUUUGCCCGGGUGUUUACGAUGGGUUAUCGGCACGCAUCGCACUUUCUGUCGGUUUCGAGGGGAUGUAUAUGACAGGCGCUGGGACAAAUGCAUCCCGCCUGGGCAUGGCAGAUCUGGGCAUCGCUCAUCUCCACGAUAUGAAGACAAACGCUGAAAUGAUUGCAAACCUCAAACCUGACGGUCCUCCUGUGAUUGCAGACAUGGAUACUGGCUAUGGUGGGCCAAUGGUCAUUGAUCGAUCUCUCCAGCAAUACCAUCUCGCAGGAGUUGCCGGGUUCCAUAUCGAAGACCAAGUUAUGCAGAAGCGCUGCGGACAUCUUCAGGGGAAGGAGGUCGUCGAUAUCGAUACUUACAUUUCCCGGAUCAGAGCUUGUGUAGCAGCUGCCAAAAGACUUCGGUCCGACAUUGUCAUCAUAGCCCGCACCGACGCCCUUCAAUCGCGCGGAUACGACGAGUGUAUCACUCGACUUCGGCGGGCUCGUGAUGAGGGCGCUGACAUGGGUAUUCUCGAAGGCUUCAGUAGCAAAGCACAAGCUAGGCAAGCAGUUAAAGAUCUUGCUCCUUGGCCUUUGUGUCUCAACAGCGUUGAAAACGGUGUCUCGCCUCUCAUCUCGGUUGACGAGGCCCAGGAUAUGGGUUUCCGUGUCAUCAUUUUCUCCUUUGCAUCCCUGGCGCCUGCUUAUACGGCAAUCAAGAAUACAUUUGAGUGGUUGAAGGACUUUGGCGUAACAGGAAGCGCCGUUUCACCUAAGACUAUCUUCAAUGUCUGUGGGCUGCAGGAUUUGAUGGUUAUUGACGAACGGGCGGGUGGCAACAGUUUUAAGAAGGGAGUGUAA